AUGGACAUUCCUCAUCUACGUCAGGAACUUCAUUCAGGCAUCGGUCACCAACGGUCAGAGCUGUCGUCCACAAUUCUUUACCGCAAUCCAUCCGUACCGAGCCAUCUUCAUCGGUCAUUCUCCGUCAAACUUCACCGACCAACAGCAACAGCAGCAGCAGCAGUGAUUCCGGAAAAAACGUUGUGUUCCCUUGUAAAGUGA